AUGCGCGUUGCUGCUGAUGAGAGCACACCUGCUGUUCGGGGUACAGUUAAUGUCCAAAUGUUUCGAAAAAUACGGGAAUCCAAAAUUAUCUUUGUUCAAGAAGCGGUUAUUCCAUUUCCUGACGUUUUUCAGGAAGACUCUCGAAAGCGGCGGCAACCAAGCGAAAGCGCGUGCCACCUUCGAUCAGGCAGACAGGCUCUUGCCCCUGCUCAAGAUGUAAUCAGAGAUUCCCGCACAACCAUCAAGAUGAGUGCAUUGGAGAGGACCCAGUCCUCUAGUUCUAGUACCUUCAACCACGUAGCGUAUAGAUCCAUCUUCUGUUUUCGUCCUUUUCUGUUCCAGAAUCAACCACUUAGGAACUGGGAAGUACUGUAG